AUGAGACUUGUGACAAAAGUACAAAUCUCAGCCAUCCAGGAAAUUGCAGUAGCUGAAAUGGAAUUUGUUAUCGUUUCACAAUACAUCACAUUUCUUUGCGUAAUUCGAUAUUCAGAGUCUUUUAAUUGGACGGUACAGCCAGCCAAUCCAACAUUGGUAACAAAAGGAGAGGACCAGUCGCUUACCUGGAAGUUCACCCUAACUGCUGAUGAACAGACCAAGAGUCAGAUAUUGUAUUUAAUUCAUUGGAAAAAGUUCAAUCCGUCAAGUUCAGGUUAUGAUCUGAUUGGUUCCAAAACCUUUUUAGGCGUUUUAGGAAGACCCUCUUAUAAUGAACCCAGAGCCCCACACAUUGAGAUUAGUAAAAAUGAUCCAGCCACUUUACUUAUCAACAAUGUUACGACAGAAGAUGAAGGAACAUACAAGAUUGUGUACAUUGUAGAGCUUGAUGGGACUGCUCUUGCUGAUCAUGAAGUAAAUGUUACAGUUUUAGUUAAGCCAGCAUCAAGUACAGUUGCCACUUUAUCCCAAAAAACUCCCACAGGCGCCGUAGGGAAACGUAGGAGUUAUGAGGAUGACAGAGGUGUUUACGAUAACGGAAUAGGUUUGGACGAUAUCGAACUAAGCCAGCCCGACUCAAAAAUGGACGCCCAGCCCCCUGCGGAGUACAUGGAUCUCAUAGAAGCCGGCAAAAAUGGGAGAAAAGCAGAAAGUGCCGGUCCAGUUCCUGAUUAUGCGCAUCUUCAUCCAUCAACUCGAUCUUGGGAAGUUCUGAGACAUCAUGUUACUAUAGAAAAAGAAAUUGGUAAGGGUGCUUUUGGUCAGGUUGCCAAGGGAACAGCAGUAGGACUUCGAGGGAUGCGCGAAACGACCGCAGUGGCCAUUAAGAUGCUUAAAUGUGAGCUCAUAUACUAA